AUGAGGAUUCUUACAAGGAAUAUGAAUAGCUCAUGGAAGAUUUUAAGAAUUCAUAAUGAACAUAUUAAUUAAUGUAAAAAGAAAGUAAAAAUUAAGAUGUUAAAAAGAAACCUGUAAAUUAGUAGAAAUGUAAAUAAAUAUGAGUAAAACAAAAUAGUUUAAUUUAGUUAGUAAAUAAAAACCAUGCAAAAAAAAUAACCAAUUAGUCAAUUAUAAUUAUAAACAAACAAAUAAAUAAUACAUAGCUCUAAUUAUAUUUAUUUAUACCUUUAUAUUUUAUGCUUCUAAGUAAUUAUUCUUUUCAAAACUUAUUAUAUUAAUUAACCUUCCACAAAAAUAUUUAUCUAUCUUAAAAUCUAUGUAUCUACCUUCCUACCUACCUAUUAAAUUAAUGAAUGCAUUAAUCAAUUAUUACUUAAAUGA